AUGGAGGCAGCCGGUGUUCUCCCCGGCAUGGACUCCGCUCCAGAAGUCUGUCGCAUUUCAUUUGUAUUCCCAAAUGGAGACACUUAUGAUGGUGAAUGUACACGAUCAGCAGCAGGAGUACUUGAGAGAAAUGGAAGGGGUGUAAAUAAGACUCCUAAUGGUGUUACAUAUACUGGAUCCUGGACAAAUGACAAGAUGAAUGGAUUUGGGAAACUUGAACAUCCUUCAGGAGCAGUUUAUAAAGGUGAAUUCAUUGACAAUAUGUUUCAUGGGAUUGGCACUUACACAUUUCCCAAUGGAGCACAGUACCUAGGAGGCUUUAUUAAGAACAAGAUGAUGGGAGAAGGUGAAUAUGUGGAUGCAAGUAGGCUCCGCUGGAAAGGAUCUUUUUACAACAAAGCAGCACCAGGACUGAAGCUAAAGCUGAAAAUGUAAAUGAACACAAGAUUUAUAGAGAAUAGAAGACCUUUAUUUCAUGAUGCUGUACAACAUUUUACAGGGCAUUCCAU